AACCUCACAACAUUGCCUAUCCGGCUCACGAGUUUCUACCCGACUGGAGAUUUGGAUUGUCGAGGACUCAGCUGCUGCAAUUGGACGUAAAUUGGAGCUGAAUUUGAAGAUCGAUCGCAGACCUGUUUGAGGAUCUGCUCUUCGGCUCUGUUUGUGGCCUCUCAUCAUGUCAGGACGAGGAAAAGGAGGAAAGGGUUUGGGGAAAGGAGGAGCCAAGCGUCACAGGAAGGUCUUCAGAGAUAACAUUCAAGGAAUCACGAAGCCUGCCAUCCGAAGGCUGGCGAGAAGAGGCGGUGUGAAGCGAAUCAGCGGUCUGAUUUAUGAAGAGACCCGAGGAGUGCUCAAGAUCUUCCUGGAGAACGUGAUCCGUGAUGCUGUCACUUACACGGAGCACGCCCGACGCAAGACUGUCACUGCUAUGGACGUCGUGUACGCUCUCAAGAGACAGGGAAGAACCCUGUACGGGUUCGGAGGGUAGAUGCUCUGUUCCUCGUUUCCGUCGGCCCCGAUCGUGUUCAUGGUGGAGGCUGCGGUAAGAUUGUAUAGAUGACUGAUGACAAAUGAUCGAGAGUUCUUGCCGCUAGCACAGGGCUUUUCCCAUGUGGAAUUUUUAAUACUUAGUGGUUCUCCUUUGUGACGCCUCAGAAAUAGCUGGAGCGACAAAGUUUUGUAGUUGUGCUAAUGCGUCACAGGACCAAUUUCCUCGUGAUCCGUUUCUCCGCACAGUAGAAUUGACUGACCAUAUCUGGCUACGCCAAAAAUUGUAUAUUGAUGGUUGAUCCAUCCCUCCCGAGAAUAGCAAUAAAAAUUGCGAUUCACAGUUACAUUUCUUCGUGACGUGUGUUUGCAUCGGUAGUAACGGAAUG